AUGAAGAAGUAUCGACACAUAAUGUAUAUGAUUGUUGGUAAUAAUUUAUGUUUUAGCUUUUUGAAUUCAAUUACAGUUACAGUAAGUUAAUUUAUUGCAUUUUUAAGGGUAAUGUAGAUUGAGGUAGGGUAGGAUAGAUUGGGGUAAAGCAGACGCAAGGUAGGAUAGGAUAUGAUAGGGAGAGUAGGGUUUGGAGAGUAUGGUAAAGUAGGUUGAGUAAGACACUUUCUUAUUUUUAAUAAAAACCUUACUUUUGGUCUGACAUAUUAUAUAACUUUAGACGGUUGACUUUGUGGAUAACUAUGUUUUCUUCAAUAACUUCGGACCUUUUGAAACCCAAGCCGGGCUACUCUCCAAGAUAUUGAUACAGGCAUGGUUCUUCCUUAUAUCUUCUUCUGUUUUCACUACGAUUACUUUCUUCUUGUACUGCCAAUCUACUAUAUGCCUUCGUUCUAAGCUGUCAAAGAAGGCGAUUGCCAUUAUUUAUAUUAUGCUACAGGCUUUUAAUUGUGGCAUUUCUGUCAAAGGUGGGUAUGCAAUGGAUGACAGUCAACGACCAUUUUACACUGCCAUUUUGAGAAAAGAUGGCAUUUACUAUGGGGACGAUGUCAAGUUCAAUGUUACUGCGGUAGGUGGGGCAUGCUAAUGGUAGAUCUAGUAUUGAUAGGAUGUGGUAUAACAAGCUUGUUUAUAAUAGAAUUUUACUGUGUAAUGAAGUAUGAUAUCUUGAUGACCGUAAUAGAGUACUGAUACUAUGAUUAUAAUGGUUGAUGUGGCUAAAAUGUUAUUUUAGUUGAACUCGGGAGUGUACCUAGCCGCUAUUCUUAUGUGUGUAACGUUGAGCUGUGUUUACGCGGUGAUGACUUACUGUGCCAACCAAUGUUAUAAGGAGUUAACAUUAAGGAGGGUUCAUAUGAGUGCAGCCAACAUCAACUUUCACACACAGUUGAGUAAACUUCUACUUGUUAUGGUAAGUCAUAUGAGUAUACUGUAAAGGGAUGCAGUAUUAUUACAAUAUCUAAAAUAUAAGUUGGCAGGUUAGACUGUAUAAAGGUUUUUUACAAUGUAAGAUCUGUGAUGUAAUCAAAAUUAAAGCCAGUAAUCAUAUUACAGUAGUAAUUUUACAGAGUACGCAACCAUUUUGUGCACUGGUAGUACCAUCUUGUGUACGGCUCUAUUCUAGAUUUUAUAUUGAGGACGAUGAAAUAUAUACUGGUAUGAUCAGCAAUGUAAUUGAAAGCUUGAUUCCUUUAGUAAUGGGCUGCAUGAUAUUAUACUUGAUACCCAGUUUCCGUCGUACCAUUAGCGGCUUGUUGAAGAAGAACUAUGUACCUAAUAGAAACAGCAGUAUGUGGUCGAUAUCAACAUAGAGAGUACAUAAUCUAUUGAUUUUUUUGAAUAUAACGUUGGGUUUGAAUUGGUAAAGUAAAUUGAAAAAGAUGUCUUUUUCUGAUUUUAUUGCUACCGCGCUGUCCACGCUAUAAAGAUACAAAAAAGUAUACGUAGAUACGAAUUAACAUAUCUAUAUUUUAUAUGUUGACAUCUCAUUAGUUACAUUUUUUUAUAAAGUUCAUCAUAACUUAAGAUUCUAAUCAAAAUAAAAAAAACGUAUAUCUUCGUAUGACAUCUGUGCUUAACUAGAUACGAAACGAGUUAGGGGUAAACAUUAAACUAUACUUUUCUUUGUUUGGAUUAGAGUUUUGGCGUUUUUAUUAUUUUUCAUAUUGUGAUAGUAAGGCAAUCAGAAGAAAGAAAAAUCAAUACUUUUGACCUUUCUGUAUGAGUAUUGGUCAGUAUGCUCUUGUCAUAUGACAACAAGUAUUCCAAGGCUUUUAAAACAUCGUCCAACUAUAAAUUACUUGUUACUGUUAAACGGCUUUGUACUCGUAAAUUGGUACCAUUUUUAAACAAUCCAAAGGUCUGGAAGAUCCUCGGACUGACUGCUCUUUUUUGCAACUUAUGGCUGACACAGAGAUUGGCAAGUUUCUUAAAACCUUUUUUAAGUCUAAGGCGUCUCAAUUGUUAAAACUUUGCAAUUAUUUCAAACAUUUACAAGUAGAAGUUGCUACGAGUUAUUGUAGUGGUUCUUAGGCUUCUUUGGCUAAUUUUAUUGUUUCAGUCAGAAAAAGAAGAGAAAGUUCGAGUCAUCAGUAACCGAAACUGGUUGACAUUGUCCAGCAUUGAGUACGAUCCCUAUUACUGUCUGAUUCCAGAAUAUUGGAAGCCCGACCCAUUAGCCAUCGCUCCAGAUUCCAUCACUUUAGUCACCCAUUCAGCCGUCGAGUUUGUGGACUUUAUUGAUGAACAUGUAAGUCUUGUAUAUACUGUAGCUUUCAUAUAUACUGUAAAUUAUAAAUUUCAAGCGAAUAAUUUAGUUUUAAUUUAAUUCGGAAUAAUAUUUAUUUUUAUUUCAAUUUUGAAAAAAUACGUUUUUUAGCUAAAAACCUGGACUGGACCGAUUUCAAUGGCUCUCAUAGUACCUAAUCCUAUGCAUGUUGUUAAUGUAAGCGGAAUGAACGACAUUGGAAGUGAUGAUAUUGUCAAUUAUGCAUUUUCGGUAAGUUAUGUCACUUGCCAUAUUAAAUACAUUUUUGGAAUUCAUAUAUUAUAUAAUAUAAUAAUUGUCAUACAAAAGAGUAAUUAUUGGUUGUUUUUGUUUAUGGAAGUAUUCAUAUUUUUAAAUUCUUUACAGUACUCCUUGGCUAAACUGGAACUGCUCAAAGCAAAAAAGUCGAAUUUAAUUACAUUAAGCCUACUGUACCAGAGAGUUAGUGAAUGUUACAAUACAUUGAGAGUACCAUUGGCACGGCUUAAAGCCGACCCGGUAAGUCGUGUCAUAUAUUUUGUAUUGUUGUAUAAUAUAAACAAAUAUGGUUGAUUUUUGUAAACAUUCUUAAAAUAAUACUACACAGAGCAUAUUAUUAAAUGAUAUAAUUAUGGAACAGUAGUAAGAAGCUUUUUAGUUGUAACAUUUCAGGAAUUGGUUACAGAUACCUAUAACACAUUGCGUAGAUUCUCGGGUUACCCAGCCAAUUAUCUUCGGAACAUUGCUACAAAAGGCUCUCCAACUAACUUAAUAUUUCAAACUGAAAUUGAGAAUCUUCCUAGCGAAGGCUUUGAGAAAGCACUAAGACCUCUGGCUAAUGAACUUCUAGUACAGUAAGUUAUAAAAUAUAGUUUUUGACAAGAAAUUGAGUAUAUUAGAAAGGUAAGGUAUACAUAAAUUAUUAUAAUAAGAGUUCUUUUUAAGUACUGUAAUUUCAGUGGUAACAGAAGGAAGACCUUGUUGAUAGUACCAGAAUUCGAAUCGAGCCUUGGACUAGAAAUUCCACGAAAUAAAUUACAAUUAAGAGUAAGUUUGCUAGCCUCAACCUAAAACUUUAUCUUUUGAUGGCUCAAGUGGUACAUAAGCUGACCAAUAUGUUAACUACAAUAUAUAUAUACAUUUCCAUAUACUUUAGGAAAUGUACAACAAUGAUGAUGUUGUAGAAGCCUAUACAAAACGUUCCCGCGCCAACAACCACCGUAUUCCAUACCUAGAACGAUGGAUGGAACAUUCUGACGUGGAUAUUACUCCCUUCAAAGUAAUUCCUUAUCAGGGCAACCGAUGGGAACCUUCUUUCAUCGCUCACAGAAGUAACUUACCAUCACACCCAGAGUUACUAUCUAUUGUGCAUCAAGAUGCCAGAUUCCAAGUGGAAGAAGCUUGUAGAGAUGGGUUUGACUUUGUCAUCAUCAACAACUUGUUCACGGUGCAUGCUGGCUUCAGAAAGAUCGUUGAUCAAAUGAUUGAUGGAGCCAAGAAUGACACUAUGAGGAUCAUGUUGAAUGUAAUUUUUCUUUGGAGAUAUUCUUUUUUAAAAAGCGAUAAUAAGUAUAAACAAGUCGUUGUUUUAGAAUUACAAAGUCUUCAAAGAAAGUCUGGACCUACUGUACCCCAUUAACAAGUUCAAAUGUCCAGAGAAAGCAGUAGAACACAUGAUAUAA